AUGAGCGUCACAAUACCCUUUCGUUCACCAAGACAUGCUGAUAUUGAGCAGCCACCACCACCACCAGUGGAAGACGGAACAGCCGUGACAAUAGCUGCAGACAGUGCUGACAGCAUUAUCAACGACGCCCCCAUUCCAGAGACAUCCGAGCGUCAUCGAUUGGAGGGCCUUGGACCAGCAUCCAUGUGGAAGGCAGCCAUUGUUGCUGUUCUGAUCAUUAUUUGUAGCAAUAUACUGACAACAUGGUUGGUGGUCACGCGUACUAGGUCUACGGUUGUUACGGUCUCCACCCGCAAUCGACCCUUGUUCCCAAAAGACAACAGCACCAGCAUAAUUACCAUACCACAAGAUGAAAUGAAAUACCUUCAGCAACAAUACAAAGAGGGUUACGUGAUUAUAUUCGAAGGGAGCUGUCAAUACACGAGUAACUACGACGGCAUGUACACCUUGCCGGUCUCGAUGUAUUCCACAGAACUGUACUGGGUUAUUCAGAAUAAUAAUCAGGAUGAUUUAUACGAGUAUCAUAACAUCCGAAAGUUGAGCGAUGGGACAGUCGCUUUGGGAUUUCGGUGUACUAAACCCCUGUCGAGUUGUCAAUUAAUGUCAGAAACGGUCUGCAAACAAGCGUUGGAAGCUACCUAG